UCGGUAUCAUCGAAUAUUUAAUUACCCAUCACAUACUCAUGUAGAACUUAACACAAUAGUGAUGAGCAUCGGAAGGACACCUGCUGGUAUCCUCCUCAACUCGAUACAGCGACAGUUCAACGGCGCGUUUACGAGACUAUGGCAGGAUGGUGCAGGACGGAAAGGGCGCAUCGGCCUUGCCAUCAGCGGCGGUGUCGAUUCGAUGGCACUGGCCUGGCUGUGUCAUGAAUUCCAACGCAAUCACCACGACGCUCCAAAAUUCACCGGCUUUAUUGUCGAUCAUGGCGUUCGCGACGGAAGCGCCAUUGAAGCCUCAAAAGUCGCUGGCGUCCUCAAAUCUCUCAAGAUCAAGGCAAAAGUGCUGAAGCUCGACUGGUCGUCAUCGUCAACUCCCACUGAAUACCCGAGUGCGAUUGCUAAGCCUGGUGCUGCGUCCAAUUUCGAGACAAAGGCUCGGAAACUGCGCUACCGAGCUCUGGGACAGGCAUGUUGCGAUGCGGGAAUUGACUCUCUCGUCAUCGCGCAUCAUCUCAACGAUCAAGCUGAGACGAUGCUUGUUCGGAUCCAUAGCGGCUAUAAUGGAGAUGGCCUUCGUGGGAUCCAGCCAGAAGCGCUAUUACCCGAGAACGAUGCCUUGACUAGGAAUCCUCCGAACUUCCAGCAAGGUCAAUAUCCCGACUCCCAUCAUCAUCCGAGUCAGCUCGGCGACAAUCUUGGACCGAUCAAGAUCUUCCGACCUCUGCUCGACUUUACGAAAGAAGACCUCAUCGCGACUUGUCGGGAAGCCGGGGUGGAAUGGUUUGAGGAUCAUACCAACGCUGACAAAAGCUUGACUAUCCGGAAUACCGUCCGACAUCUUCUGAAUGGAGACGAUCUGCCCAAGGCGUUACAGACAAAACGACUCUAUCAGCUUGCGACAAACGUUCGUGCUCAAACAGACAUGAUUCACAAGCUCGACGAGGCAGCGUUCGAGAAAGUCAAAAUCAGCCUCAAGCCUAGCGUAGGAUUGGCAACAUGCGAGAUUGACACAUCGCAGAAAUUGGCGCCAGAAGGCGACGAAGCGCUUGAGAACCACGUCCGUGCCGGGCUCGUCCGACGCUUGCUCUCGCUCGUCAGUCCCACGGAGCUCAUCUCCCUACAGGCCUUAGAUCUCGCAGUGGACAUGAUAUUUAAGGCCGGGACGACCAAUUUCAGCACCUUGGGAGUAAGCCUUCCGAUCAAGGCGGUGGUUGUUGCUGAAGUGGAGAUCCGCGACCGCACCAAAGCUGGCACCGAUUCCCAUGUGCGUCAACUCACGCUUUGCCGCACCAAAUCUUCGGAUGUCAAACGUAGUGAAGCAGAUCUCCAUCUAUCCAUUCCAAGUCAUCCGGAAGCCGCCAUCCAGGCUAAUGAUGUGCUCACACAAGUCCAGAACGACAAGAUCGCGUGGACAUCCUGGCAUCUCUUUGACCACCGCUACUGGAUUCGCGUCGGCCGCCGAGAAUUCGGCGACCUCGAAGCGUUCCCGAUGCAGUCUCCCCCAAAGAUCGUCAUCCGCCUCCUCAAUCAAAAAGAUCUCACCCAGGCCGCAAAAGCGAUUAAAUCGAAUCACCCUCGCCAACUUUACAAGAAACUUCACCUGAAUCUCCGCAACGCCCUCGAGGCGGUUCCCACUCCCACCAUAGCUAACACUUCCGUGGAAGGCCUACGAGCCACUCUUCCCGCCGUCUUUCUUUCCGCGGAAAUGAACAACAACAAUAACAACAGCGGCGUCGAAACUGACGAGUUACUCGCCUUGCCCACACUUGGGUGGAUCCGCGGGGUGGUGACGACCGCAAAGAAUCCGGCCGACGACCCGCCGCAAGAAUGGGUCUUCGAUUGGCGGUACAAGCAAGUAGAGUUGCACCCGGGAAACAACCCUCUGCAUACCAUUGAGGGCCCGGAGUCGUGGACUUCUGCUGCGAAGGAUCCCGCUCGGACUACUCUUUCCCCACGUGUGAAUUCUCAUCAUUAUCUGCAGAGGAAGUUUCAGCCCAGGAGGACCAAAGCGGUCUGAAUUUUGUAUCACCUAUGUAAUCUUUGGGCGCGUGUAUCGAUACGGGUUUUAUUUAGUAUAGCGAACGAGUCGGGAAAUGGAUGUUUGUCGCGUGUAU